AUGGGUAAACCCAGACCUCACAAAAAGAAAGCAUCCAAAUCCAAGUCCAAGUCCGUUCUCAGCGCUGGCGGCUCAGUCUCGAAACAGAAAAUGAACGAAGAUCCUUCCAAGCUCCUUGAACAGGCGACAACACUCCUCCAGACAGGACAGCCAGAUGUAGCGCUUCCGGUUGCCCAACGGGCACUCGACCUUACGCCGGCCAAUUCCCCCGCCCAGCUUUCGGCCUUGAACAUAGUCGCGGAGAUCUACGUUGAGCUGGGAGAGAUUAAUGUUGCGAGACAGCAUUUUAUGCGCGCGGUUGAGCUGGAUCCGACUGGCGCAAUUCCUGAAAGCCAGGGAGGUGGCGCUGAAAAGUUCUUAUGGCUUGCUCAAUUGAGCGAGCUCGGAGGCAAGGACAGCGUUCAAUGGUUUGAGAAGGUGACUAGGUGGGAAGAGGAUGCUGAAGCCCGCUGCGAAACUCUCAUUACAGAGGCUCUUUUGGUCAACUCACAUGCACCGGAAGUGCUACAAACUCUCGCCUCUAUCCGAAUCUCACAGCUGCGGACUGACGAGGCUCGGGCGGCACUCACAAAAAGUCUCGAGCUAUGGAAGGACCUACCACCCGAGGACCCGACAGUCCCAGACUUCGCUACAAGGAUCAGUUUGGCUCGUCUGUUAAUGGAGGUCACCAUGGAGCUUGAGGCACUUGAAGUCCUAGAACGGUUGAUCUUAGAAGAUGAUCAGAGUGUUGAGGCAUGGUAUCUCGGAGGAUGGUGUCUCUAUCUUCUUGCAGAGAAGAAGGAAGCACCAAAGGACGAAGAGCUGGACAGUGAAACCCCCGAUGCAAAACGCCAUGCUUCGCUGGUCGCUAGCCGUGAAUGGCUGAAGCAGAGCCUGACGCUUUACGAGUCGAUUCAAUACGAAGAUGUGAGGCUCAAGGAGCAUGCGGAUGAAUUGGUAGAGGCGAUGAACAAAGAAUUGGGCGAGGAUAUGGAGGAUGACGUGGAAGGUGAGGAGGGAGACGAGGGCUGGGAGGACGAAAUUGACCCGGUGUCGGAUAAAUCCGCUCCGACCGCUUUCCCCGGAGAUUCGCAGAGCCAAAUUUAUCCCGGCAGAUCGUACAUGCGCGUGGCGAAAAAUUCAAUGAUGGACCUUGUACCAGCGCCCGGCGGGGAGAGCUCUUCGUUGAAGAAUCCGGUGGUCGAAGUGGAAGCCGUCGAUAUGACCUCCGCGGAAGUAGAAGGGACCGUUGCGACGGAGAAUCCUGUCUCUGCGCAAGGCAAUAUAUCUCCGUCGGAAGAGGACUCAGAUAGCGGUGAAUCUGGAGAUGACUGGGAGACACAGUCCCUCUAUGAAGAUGCUAUCCAAGUCCUUCGUGACGAGCAACUUCGGGAAGGGGUAGUACCUGAUGCUUGUACAUUGGACGAGGCCAUUGCAUUCCGAAAGCGUCUACAUGAAGUUGGCAAAGCCGCGUUCGUUGAGGAAACUAUUGCUCAGGACAAAGUGACGGCGAAGAAACUCUGCACUGCAUUUGGAAUCAUGCCCCCGGCUUUCCUUGAGGGCGCGCCGGACGAGGCCUAUCAUCCUUUACUUGCGAUUGCGAUCUCGCAAGAGUUCUCUCGCCGUCAGAAGCUUCCACAGUAUAACACGAUUGACGAUGCGGUCAAGUUACUCCAGGAGUCUAAGAAUAUUAUUGUUUUGACGGGCGCCGGUAUCUCCACGAGUCUCGGUAUUCCCGAUUUUCGGUCCAAGGACACCGGACUCUACUCGCAAUUGGCGCAUUUGGGUUUAAGCGAUCCGCAGGAAGUUUUCGACAUCCAUAUCUUCCGCGAGGACCCAAGCAUCUUCUACUCGAUUGCGAAGGAUAUUUUGCCUACCGAGAAGAAAUACUCACCAACUCAUGGGUUCAUUCGACUCCUGCAGGAUAAGGGAAAGCUUUUGACCAACUACACCCAGAACAUUGAUAAUAUCGAGGCGAAUGCAGGCGUUCUUCCCGAGAAGAUCGUGCAAUGUCAUGGUUCGUUUGCAACGGCCACGUGUGUUAAAUGCGACUACCAGGUGUCCGGCGAUGCGCUCUUCGAGGACAUCAAGAAGGGGAACGUCCCUGAAUGCACUUCCUGCCAGCAGGCGAUUGAGGAAGACUCUUUGAGGCCACAGGGGCAAAAGCGCAAACGGAGCACUAAUGGCACACAAAAGAGCCGGAAAUCCGAUGGGGAUGAGAGCUCUGAAGAGGAAGACUACGAACUUCCCACGCCCGGGGUGAUGAAGCCUGACAUCACCUUCUUCGGCGAAGAUCUUCCUGAUGAGUUCGGACAGCGCCUGAUUCACCACGACCGUGACAAGGUCGAUCUGGUCAUCGUCAUUGGUACCUCAUUGAAAGUUGCUCCUGUCGCAGAAGUGCCGGGUGUGCUGCCCCGUCAUGUGCCUCAGAUCUAUAUCUCCCGGACUUAUAUUUAUCCAACGAACCCCGACCAAGUGUGGUGGGUGUGGGCUUCAGUCAUCAUGGAAUAUGUGAUCCGCUUCGCGCAAGUCCACGAGACUUUUCGACGACCGGAAAUCGAGGCUCUAGCCGCUCUGGCUGGGAUUGAUCUGGAGAUUGUAUACUAUGACCAGUUCUCACCAUACUGCGUAGUAAAAGUGCCAAGUGAAGCAGAUGCGCGCACUUUGAUCGCACGCAGUAUCUUAGCAAAGGAUAUCUUCGAACUCUGGGGCCAAGGCACCAACUAUGAGGAAGUGCAUGCCGACGUCCGCAGGCGGACACAGCACCGCUGGGAUGAGUUCAAGGGGGUUUCUUUCCGCUUCACUAUCGAUUCCUUCUGCGGGAAGCGCAAGAUGGAGGCCAAACGAGCCAUCAUCCAGUCGUUCUCGUAUGUGGGAUUCGACGGCCCAAUUCGGAUGAAGAAUCCAGAUGAGGACUUCUGGGUCUUGGAAGAUUUCGUUUCGGACAUUGAGAUCGCGACAAGAGCUCCCGGUGCAACACAUGCCUACAGCGAGGCCGUGGAGCCCAGGAAGAUCUAUCUGGGUCGCUGGAUUGCCAACAGUAGUCGCGACAUCAUCACUAAAUACGACCUGAAGAAGCGUCGGUACAUUAGUACGACGUCUAUGGAUGCCGAGCUGAGUCUGGUCACGGCGAAUAUGGCCCAUGCUGCCCCCGGGAGACUGUUCUAUGACCCUUUUGUAGGGACGGGAAGCUUCUGUGUUGCGGCGGCGCAUUUUGGCGCCCUGACCUGUGGGUCGGAUAUUGAUCCCCGGAGUUUCAAGGGUAGGGAGAAGAAGGAGAAGGAGGCUAUGGGAUUGUUUACCAACUUUCAACAAUAUGGCAUCGAGAGCAAGUUUAUGGAUGCGUUUACUUCGGACUUGACGAAUACACCGCUGCUGAACCGUCAGUUCUUAGAUGGUAUUGUCUGUGACCCUCCCUAUGGUGUUCGUGAAGGCCUUAGGGUCCUAGGAACUCGAGACGGCAGUGGCCGAGAAGAAGUCAUUAUCGAUGGUGUUCCAGCGCAUUAUCGACCUGGCUACAUCCCUCCCAAGAAACCUUACGGCUUCGAAGCGAUGCAGAACGAUAUCCUCGCUUUUGCGUCCAGGACUCUCGUCACUGAUGGCCGUCUGUGCAUGUGGAUGCCCACCUCCAUCGACGAGGAUGUGGAGCUGCUUAUUCCCAUGCAUCCACACUUGGAGGUUGUCAGUGUUUCUGUGCAACCGUUCAAUCAAUGGUCCCGCCGAUUGAUCACCUACCGAAGGCUACCAGAAGGCCAGGUCUCAGACAUCUCAAAGGCACGACAGAAGGGUGAUUCAGAGGGCAUCAGUGCCGAUGAUCUGAACGCGUUCAGGAGAAAGUACUUCACAAAAAACCCCAACAAAAGAUCCGAGAAAGGAAGCCCUGCACCACAAUAA